AUGAUGACUAAGAAGCUGGGUGUAAAUUACGCUAGUUUUGCGAACAUUUUAAUUUCCUUUAAAAUAAUGGACUGGUUCAAAGGUGUCUUGAAAAGCCCUAAAUAUAUUCUUGCCCCAAUGGUGGAUCAAUCCGAACUUGCCUGGAGAGUCAUGGCCAGGCGAUAUGGCGCCCAUCUUUGCUACACGCCAAUGAUCAAUGCACGCUUGUUUGUUGAGAACCCUGCCUAUAGAAAGGAGCAUUUGCCAGAUGAGACAUUUGAUAGACCAUUAAUUGUUCAGUUCUGUGCAAAUGAUGCUGAAAUGUUUUUGGCAGCUGCAAGGCUUGUCCAAGAUAAAUGUGAUGGCGUAGAUCUAAAUUUGGGAUGUCCUCAAGACAUUGCUCGUAGGGGCCAUUAUGGCUCCUACCUACAGGACGAGUGGGAUCUUAUCUCAAAGAUGAUAUCCAUAGUAGCAAAGGGCAUUUCGGUUCCCAUUACUGCCAAGAUACGAAUAUUUCCAAGCGUCGAAAAAUCGGUUAAAUACGCCCAGAUGAUAGAGUCUGCCGGCGCUUCUCUGCUAACCGUACAUGGCCGAAUUAGAGAGCAAAGGGGCCAUGCAACAGGCCUUGCCGAUUGGGCACAAAUCAAAGCCAUCAAGGAGGCCCUUUCGAUUCCAGUUAUUGCCAAUGGAAAUAUCUUGUAUUUUGAAGACAUUGAAAAGUGUAUAUCCGAAACCGGGUGUGAUGGUGUUAUGUGCGCUGAAACGCAACUGUAUAAUCCGGCAUUGUUUAGUGGGAAAUUCAUCCCCGCUCGUGAUUUGGCUUUGGAAUACCUGGAUAUUUGUGAAGAGACUCUGGUUCCCUCUUCUUCGAUUUUGAGGAGUCAUUUAUUUAAAAUUUUCAAGCAUCUUCUUCCUCAUCAUACAGAUUUACGAGAAUCGCUUGCCACUGCUCCAGAUCUUUUAUCAAUGCGUGAAAUUUCAAAAUCAUUGGGAGAACGUUUGACCCGAGAGGACAAAGAAGAUGAAUUCCCGCCAUACAAUUUUUCAGAGUUCAAACGUAUUCCCUUGCAGAUGGCCCAACCGUAUAUUCGCCCUCUUCCAGACCUCUCAAAAAUGCCCAAAAAGCGGAAGCUACUUCAAGACAUGGCUUGGGCAAAUUAG